AUGGCUGAUCACGUGAAACAGAAACGUCAUCGCACGCGCUUCACCCCUGCGCAGCUGAACGAACUGGAGAGAAGCUUCGCCAAAACCCACUACCCGGACAUCUUCAUGAGGGAAGAACUGGCUCUCCGCAUCGGCCUCACCGAGUCACGUGUGCAGGUCUGGUUCCAGAACCGCCGCGCCAAGUGGAAGAAGAGGAAGAAGGCGACGAACGUUUUCCGCUCGCCGGGGGCACUUCUGCCCUCCACAGGGUUGUCCCCCUUCAUGGGGUCCAUGGGCGUGGGGGACACCUUCUGCGCCUUCCCGCCGUCCCCCGCCGACCCCUCGCGCUGGCCAGGCAUGACGCAGAUCGCGUCACAGAUGAACCAUGGCAACGUCAACCCUCUGACCUUGGCAGGCUCCCUGCCGCGCCAGAACCUGUCACAGUCGCUGACGGCGCAGGGAAUGGCAGGAAUGACGUCACUGGCAGGCGCCGGAAACUCGGGCAUGACCUUUGGCAACGGGCUGGGAGGUCUGGGAGGCAUUAACGUUAACAGUCUCAACACCGCCCCCGCCCACGCCAGUCCUCCGGCCACCUACACCAGCGUCACCUACCACAACACGAUGACUGCCUCCUGCUCCUCCCCCCUGGGGGGCAGUUCCCCUUCCCCCACCCUCCCGGUCUCGGCAGCCGCGGGCUCCCUGCAGUGCUCGGGGCUGGGACCGGACAUGGAGGACGCGUGGAGGGGGUCCAGCAUCGCCGCCCUCAGGCGCAAGGCCAUGGAGCACUCCGUCAACCUGUCCGGCUACAGGUGAACGCCCAGGUCACCCCGCCACUGGCAGGUGAUCAGGAACUGUCUUUAAGCGGAUAUUUUGUGGCUUGUAGCGGGUGGACUGGUGCCUGCAAACCCAGAAUACGGGUGCACACACCUGGCUAACGUUGAAGACAAAAACAAAAGCUUGACCUCCCCGGGUCAGGAAAGGCGAUCAUGUCAGUCACGUGACAUGUCUGGGUGGAGUACGGGUCAUCCAGUACUUUCAGACGUCAGGUACCCGAACACUCGCGCUUCUGCUUCUCAACACCACGCGGCACAUGGCGGACGGUGCGGUGCUGAAGGCUGAGGACUUGUCACAUCUUUCUCAUCCUGCGCAUCCGGCAACCACAACAGUGCACUUUAGCCACCCGCCACCCGCUACCCGCUCAAGGCACUUCUUUCUUUUUUUUUUUUUUUUUUUUUUUGUGUGUGUCCUACCACCUACUUUGUUCCUGUGUCCUCCCGCAGAAAAUACAUACCAUACUUAUAGUAUAAGUCAUACUACAAACAUUAUAAGUCACACCUACACACACUGCAAAGUCAUAGCUACACACUAGCAGUCAUACGUACACACACGAUGAUCAUACCUACACACACACUGUCAGUCAUACCUACAGUUUAUUCCACAGUGAGAGACAUCCACGUGAGCACAACAUACAUUUAAAUUAUAAACACUGUUAGUUGUGUGUAAACAAUUAACAUUUAACAGUUGAUGAUGUCAGGGUGCACCGCUGUCAACAAAGAGGAAGGUAGAGUGAGACAGAGGAAUAGUGAGGUAGAGAGAUAAGGUAAUAAGCCCAGUGACUUGUAGUGAUAGAGUGAGGUAAGAGAAUAGUGAGAUAGAGAGAGAAGAUGAUGAAUACAGUGACGUAGUGAUAGAGUGAGGUAGAGAAAGUAAGGACUCAAGUGAGUGAGAGUGAGGCAGAGAGACAGAGCGGGGUAGAGGGAUAGAAUGAGCAAAACCGUUUUCGCGAAAGUUCAGCUGUAAGUUUAAGUUCUUACAACAGGUCUCUGAAUCACAAGUGUCCUGUCACACAGUGCACAAAGGUUACCAGUGUCAUGUCAGUGCACAAAGGUUACCAGUGUCCUGUCACACAGUGCACAAAGGCUACCAGUGUCAUGUCAGUGCACAAAGGUUACCAGUAUCCUGUCAUACAGUGUACAAAGGUUACCAGUAUCCUGUCAUACAGUGUACAAAGGUUACCAGUGUCCUGUCACACAUUCUACAAAGGUUACCAAGUGUGGAGGACCAGACUAAUGUUUUUCUGUGCAGCUGGAGUUGGUUAGAUGGAGAGUGCGGCUGAGGUGUACAUCACAAUGGGUCAGAUGGAGAGUGGGUCAAAAGAAGUGUAGAGGUGACAUUAGGGGUGUACACGAGGGGUAGGUUACACUAGGGGUAGAGUAUACUGGGUGUACUGGUCAGAGAAAGGACCUUGUCAUUAUUACUAUUAUUCCCUAUUUUUAGCGACGUAUUCGAUGUUGUCUACUUUCGGUAGAGAUGGUCACAAUGAAGACAAUCAGUCAAUCACACGAAGGUCGUUCAGUUCAUUUCUGAUUCACACAAGGGGAACUCCCCUCCCUCCCCCCUAACUCCUCCCGUUAGUCUGUUUGCACUGAGCGCUUGUUCUGAAGUGAACGUUGACAGGUGGACACGCCUCGUCACUCACCUGGCACUGCACUUCGUUAGGUCACAGGUCACACCUGGCGUCACCUCAGUCCUCCCUGAAAUAAGCGUGUAGUUGAUGGACCUUGAACUUGGCCCUUGUACAGGUGUCAAGCCUCGUGUGUUUGUGUGCUGUAGUAUGUUGUAGAUGUGAAGUGUGUUUCCAACAUCUGCAGCCUACCUUGGUCGUCGUCGUCGUUUUGAUUUUCAGAGCAUAGUCUGAUCUCGCGGUGUCCUCGUGCAGUAGACAACAGUCAGUCAGACUACAGUUGAUGUUUAGAAACAGGAGCAAACAUUGCGCAGUAGUUGGUCCAACUUGUGUUAUUAUUGCAUCUUUUGAAUAAUGUAAGCAUAAUGAUGUAUUAUGAUGAAGAUCAUGUAAGCGCAUAAUACUGUAUCAUGAUGACAAUGUUGGCCGUGCCCCCCUGUCUCACCCCUCCCCACCCCAAAUAUCCUCGCCACCGGCGUUUGAUUUUCUUUUGAGAGAUACGGUUCUUCAUUAAAGAUACUACCUUG